AUGUUGGGCUUCCAUAGGAAUCGCACGGCAGGCGCGCAAGCAGUGGCCACCGUCCUGGUGCUAUCGAGUGUGGUGCUGCUGUGUUGCGUGCUGGACUCAACCGCUGGUCAACCGGUCGAUAUGCUCGACCAGAUUGGUUCGGAAAGCCGUCGAAUGUUCUACAAAAUGCUCGAAUACCUGGGCGACUACGACGAGCUGGAAGACGAUGGUGCGCAGGAACGUGAGCAGAAGGGUGCCUCCCUGCCCCUGCAGACGAGCAAUCGGGUCGAGGUGGCCGGACGAGACGAACAGUGCAAGCUGCCUCCACGACGUGGCGUGUGCCGAGCGCUGCUGCCCCGUUACAGAUAUGACCCCGACCAGAAGGAGUGUAUCGAGUUCAAGUUUGGUGGGUGCGACGGCAAUGCGAACAACUUCAUGUCCUACAAACAGUGCAUGGAAGCGUGCCAAGGAGUUUAACCGUCGUACUGGUCGGUGAAUGAACCACCGCGGGCGAAAAACACAUUUGCGACACGUGCAUCAUUUGACGACAUUUUCGUAGC